UUUUGAAAUUAAAACAAUCCCAGAUCACUUAUCAAAAUGAAAGCUAUUUUGUUUUUAAUGCUCUUGGCUAUGGCAUUCUCCGAUGCGGUAACAGACAAUUUUAAUUGUGAUCCUGAUGGUAAUGGAAAACCUGUCUGUGUUGCAGACAAUGUUGGUCGACCCUAUCGUAACUUCUGGGAUCCUACCGUCUACUGGUUGUGUAGGAAAGCUGGUGCCGAAGCUGAAUUAGUACGUUGCCCAAGUGGUAAACUAUUUGAUUCCGCUAGAGGUAAAUGUAUACCAGCAAAUCAGUGGAUAUGGACAUUUCCCUGUACCGAUAAGCAAUAAAUAGUAUUUGGGUAAAAUUUUUUUAAAUUAUUUAUUAACAAAAGAGAACUUUUUCUUUACAAAAAUGUAAUGUCAUUAAAUAUCUCUAGAAGUAAAAAUGUUUUCGAAUUAAUUUUUAAAAUUAACUUGAAGAACACCA